CCGCGCUCCCAUUGGCCAGCGCUGGGCGAAGCUGCCACAUUAUUUUGUUACUUUUCAGUCCCUAUUUGGAACUGCUCUCGCGGCAGUUCAGACCUCGUGCUCGUCCCCCUCGCUUGUCUGUGUGUGGUAUCCGCAAGGUCCGGGCACUUUUUUUUUUUUGGUGUGUGUAUGUGUGUCGGGUGUGUGUGUCGGGGUGUGUGUUUUGGGGGUUUGUCGGGGCGCGGAGAGGAGAGCCGGGCCGAGGGGAAGGAAGGAAGCCGCAGAGCUCCUCGGUCUCGGGCUGCGUCUCCCCUCCAGCGCUCUCCUGUCUGCGCGCACUCCGGCGGCGGCAGAGCAGAGCGCUCCUCGUUGGGGACCUGGCGCUCGGGCUGGGAGCAGCGAGACCCCUUUGCGGAGGCUUCCCUUGUCCGCUGGAGUUAGGAUGCCAGAACGGUUGAUUUGCACCUCCUGAGCCCGGAGUUUUCUCUCUGGCCCUGGGAAGAGCUAGCAGCGGCGGCGGCGGCGGCGGUGGCAGUAGCAGACGGAACAGCAGGCUCUCCUCUCCGAGGGGGGGCGUCGAAGCACCCGCUCAGGGCUCCCGCCCUCACCCUCCGGCGCUCUCGCGGCCCCAAGCCGCCACCUCGGUGCCUGUCUCGUUCCUUUUCGUCCACACCGCGAGCCCGGGGCCCGGCCGCCUCUGGGAUCCGACCUGCGCACCCCGGAUGCUGGGGCUGUCCCUACGCGCCCCCCUCCCUGCGCAACGGGCUGAGUGAUCUGGAGGGGGGCCUUCGCUCGCCCCAGGAGGGGCCCCCGGCCUCGGGACCCCCCAUCGGAACCGUCGGGGAGACGACGAUGUCCGCGCAGCCCCCGGCUCUGACGUGCUCGACGCAGCCCGGGGAAGGCGACCGGCCGCAGCCCGCGGAGCCCUAGUUGCACAAAGCCGGUGCCCGCCUGCCCGCCCGCCCGGCCUCGGCGCCCGCCGACGACUUUGCUGCCUGCUCCGCGGCUCUUUGUCUCCAGUUGGGGCGGGCGCCCGACUCUGGGAUUUCGCUGCGAGAGCGGGCUGGGGGGGCCGGGGACGAGCUCCCGCUUUCCCGGCCGCCCCCCGCUCGGGCUCGGCUCCCCCCUCCCCCGCACCUCCCCAGCCCGGGCUCUCGGCGCUUCCACGCUCUCGGAAUCACGACCCCUCCCUGCCAUGUAUCCGCAAGGCAGACAUCCGGCUCCCCAUCAACCUGGGCAGCCAGGAUUUAAAUUCACGGUGGCUGAGUCUUGUGACAGGAUCAAAGACGAAUUCCAGUUUCUGCAAGCUCAAUAUCACAGCCUUAAAGUGGAGUACGACAAGCUGGCGAACGAGAAGACCGAGAUGCAGCGCCAUUAUGUGAUGUACUACGAGAUGUCCUAUGGCUUGAACAUUGAAAUGCACAAGCAGACAGAGAUCGCGAAGAGACUGAACACAAUUUUAGCGCAGAUCAUGCCUUUCCUGUCACAAGAGCACCAGCAGCAGGUGGCACAGGCGGUGGAGCGUGCCAAGCAGGUCACCAUGACGGAGCUGAACGCCAUCAUCGGGGUACGUGGACUCCCCAGUCUGCCUCUCACUCAGCAGCAGCUCCAGGCGCAGCAUCUCUCCCAUGCCACACAUGGGCCCCCGGUCCAGCUACCACCCCACCCAUCAGGCCUCCAGCCUCCAGGGAUACCCCCAGUGACGGGGAGCAGCUCAGGGCUGCUGGCGCUUGGUGCCCUGGGCAGCCAGGCCCACCUGACAGUGAAGGAUGAGAAGAACCACCAUGAACUUGACCACAGAGAGAGAGAACCAAGCGCAAAUAACUCGGUGUCACCCUCGGAAAGCCUCCGGGCCAGUGAAAAGCACCGGGCCUCCACAGACUAUAGCCUGGAAGCCAAGAAGCGGAAAGCAGAGGAGAAGGACAGCCUGAGCCGAUACGACAGUGACGGGGACAAGAGUGACGAUCUGGUGGUGGACGUUUCCAAUGAGGACCCAGCGACGCCCCGGGUGAGCCCAGCACACUCCCCUCCUGAAAAUGGGCUGGAUAAGGCCCGUGGCCUGAAAAAGGAUGCCCCCACCAGCCCCGCUUCGGUGGCCUCUUCCAGCAGCACACCUUCCUCCAAGACCAAAGACCUUGGUCAUAAUGACAAAUCCUCCACCCCCGGGCUCAAGUCCAACACGCCAACUCCAAGAAACGAUGCUCCGACUCCAGGCACCAGCACGACCCCGGGGCUCCGGUCAAUGCCAGGCAAACAUCCUGGCAUGGACCCUCUAGCCUCUGCCCUGCGCACGCCCAUCUCCAUCACCAGCUCCUAUGCGGCGCCCUUUGCCAUGAUGAGCCACCACGAGAUGAAUGGCUCGCUCACCAGCCCUGGUGCCUACGCCAGUCUCCACAACAUCCCCCCACAGAUGAGCGCUGCCGCCGCUGCCGCAGCUGCCGCCUAUGGCCGAUCGCCAAUGGUGAGCUUUGGAGCUGGCUGGCCUUAUCUUGCCUUACAGGUUGGUUUUGAACCUCACCCUCCCAUGAGGGCCACGGGCCUGCCCUCAAGCCUUGCCUCCAUUCCUGGUGGAAAACCAGCGUACUCUUUCCACGUGAGCGCCGAUGGGCAGAUGCAACCUGUGCCCUUCCCGCACGACGCCCUGGCAGGCCCUGGCAUCCCAAGGCACGCCCGCCAAAUCAACACCCUGAGCCAUGGGGAGGUGGUGUGCGCCGUGACCAUCAGCAACCCCACGCGGCACGUCUACACGGGCGGCAAGGGCUGCGUGAAGAUCUGGGACAUGAGCCAGCCAGGCGGCAAGAGCCCCGUCUCCCAGCUGGACUGCCUGAACAGGGACAACUACAUCCGCUCCUGCAAGCUGCUCCCUGACGGGCGCACACUGAUCGUGGGCGGUGAGGCCAGCACGCUCACCAUCUGGGACCUGGCCUCACCCACGCCCCGCAUCAAAGCUGAGCUGACGUCCUCGGCUCCUGCCUGCUACGCCCUGGCCAUCAGCCCCGACGCCAAGGUCUGCUUCUCCUGCUGCAGCGAUGGGAACAUUGCUGUCUGGGACCUGCACAACCAGACCCUGGUCAGGCAGUUCCAGGGCCACACAGACGGGGCCAGCUGCAUAGACAUCUCCCAUGACGGCACCAAGCUGUGGACAGGGGGCCUGGACAACACUGUGCGCUCCUGGGACCUGCGCGAGGGCCGGCAGCUGCAGCAACAUGACUUCACCUCCCAGAUCUUCUCUCUGGGGUACUGCCCCACUGGGGAGUGGCUGGCCGUGGGCAUGGAGAGCAGCAACGUGGAGGUACUGCAUCACACCAAGCCCGACAAGUACCAGCUGCACCUGCAUGAGAGCUGCGUGCUCUCCCUCAAGUUUGCCUAUUGUGGCAAGUGGUUUGUGAGCACUGGGAAAGACAACCUCCUCAACGCCUGGAGGACACCUUAUGGAGCCAGCAUAUUCCAGUCUAAAGAAUCCUCGUCUGUCUUGAGUUGUGACAUUUCGGCGGAUGACAAAUAUAUUGUAACAGGCUCUGGUGACAAGAAGGCCACAGUUUAUGAGGUCAUCUACUAAACAAGGACUCUAACAGAGCUGUCAGACUCUGGGAGAAACAGACUCGGCUCUGACAGUGAGAACCCCGCGCGCGGGGCCCCGGAGGACACGGAGGAUGGGCUGAGAGCAGCUGUGUGUUCCAGGCUGCGCCCCGGCAGGCUGCAAGGGCACGCGCCCGUCACGUCGGGACUCCUGGGCACGGAUUGACGUGGCUCAUAGACUUGGCUGGAUGGCCUCCUCCCCUCCCCUAACAACCCUGGCAGAGGCUACAAAUAGAAUUUCUUGGAGGCUUGUGGCUCUGGCUCCCCACAGACACCCUCAUAAAUUUUUGUCUCUACUUCCCCUUUCUUGUGACCUGUCCCCCUGCCUGGGGUCGGGGACACUGGAGUGGACCACAUUUUUGUGCUGGGGCGGGGGGCAUCUCUUUUUCCCGAGUGUGCAGUGCACAAGAUUUGUGAAAAAUGUAAAUAACAGACUCCUAUCUCGGACUGGUCAGUGGGGGAGGAGGCCCCUUGGCAUGGGAACCCCUCACCGUGUAUUUCGCCUGCUGUAUUUGUAAUCCACUCAUGGUGGUGGUUUUUUUUUUUUUAAA